GGGAAGUGAAGAGUGAUAGGCGCGGGAUGAUGACGUCACGGUGAGGGGCGGAACGGAAUAUCUUUCACGUGUGUCUGUAGUGAACGCUGCAGCUGCGUUCGGUGUGUCGUGUUUGUAUGAGCUGCCAUUAUGAGAGAAACCCCGCUUUCCAACUGCGAGAGAGCCUUCCUGCUGCAGGCGAUCACUGAGAAGAAGCGUCUUGAUGGCAGACAAACCUAUGAUUACAGAAAUAUUAAAAUAACAUUUGGAACAGAAUAUGGCUGCUGUAUUGUUGAGCUUGGGAAAACCAGAGUUCUUGGACAGGUGGCCUGUGAACUUGUUGCCCCAAAGAUGAACCGACCUACGGAAGGAAUUCUUUUCUUCAACCUUGAACUCUCACCUAUGGCAUCUCCAGCCUUUGAGCCGGGAAGGCCAUCUGAGCUGGUUGUGAAACUCAAUAGAUUGCUGGAGAGGUGUCUGAGGAACUCCAAAUGUAUUGACACUGAAUCACUUUGUGUUCAAGCAGGAGAGAAGGUGUGGCAGGUUCGUGUUGACUUGCACUUGUUAAACCACGAGGGGAAUAUAAUUGAUGCAGCAAGCAUAGCUGCUAUUGCCGCAUUGUGUCACUUCAGGAGGCCGGAUGUGUCUGUCCAAGGAGAAGAGGUCACUGUGUACUCUCCAGAAGAACGUGACCCUGUUCCUCUCAGCAUCCACCACAUGCCCAUUUGUGUCAGCUUUGCCUUUUUCCAGCAAGGCACAUAUCUGCUGGUAGAUCCUAGUGAACGAGAAGAGCGCGUCAUGGAUGGUCUUCUGGUGAUUGCUAUGAACAAACACAGAGAAAUCUGUACCAUCCAGUCUAGUGGAGGAAUCAUGCUGAUGAAAGAGCAGGUUCUAAGGUGCAGUAAGGUCGCUGGGGUGAAGGUGGCUGAGAUCACGGAACUGAUUCAGAAAGCACUGGAGAAUGAUUUAAAAGUCAGGAAGGAAGGAGGCAAAUUUGGUUUUGCAGAGUCCCUGCCUGAUCAAAAAAUAACUGCCUUGAAAAUGGAGAAAUCCCCAGUAGAUACCUCCAAAGUUGAAGGCAAAGCUGAAGAAAUCCUAUCUAGAUUGGAACCACCAUCGGAUGUUGUGUCAAAGCCAGUUGUUUGGGCUUCUGGUACUGCCCAGAUUGGAGAGGGUGUUGGAAAUGCAUGGGGAGAGUUUGAGGACUCUGAAAACGAAGAUGAUGAAGAUGAUGCUGAAGCUGUCCCAACAUCUCCAGAAAGUCCAGAAAUUAUUGAAGUGAGAGAAAAAAGCAUGGAAAUUGAAACAAUCAUGCUGUCUGACAGUGAGGAAGAAGAGGUGGUCAUACUACAGGCGGAGACGCAAGUUAAAGCCAGGUCUACUAGCUUGGCAGCUGCAGUGUCUCAAAAGGAUCAAGAGUCACCAAGCAACAUGUCUAACAGUAAGAAGAAAAAGAAGAAGUCAAACAGAUGGUGAUGACCUGCAUAGUUUGUUCCACAUAACUGUGUAAAAGUGUAUAAAACUGCUGAUCCCACAUUUUGCAAAAUGUCACACCAUCGUGUUGGGAGAAUACAAAGUCAAAGAGUUGUCUGCCACAAACUAAGAAAAGUGUUUGUUUAAUAUGGCUUAACGCAUGUACUGUUCUACAGACCAAUAUAUUUUUUUCACUGUUUUAAUAAAAAAAUAAACACUACACCUGAUGUUGACCAAUAGAA